UGAGUUACGUUUUAGUUACGAUUUAAAAAACACAAAAGAGUGUAAAAGGCGGAAUUUUUUAUUGAAAACAAUAUUUGAAAAUUAUAGCCAAGUGUUUUUCGCAAUAUAAUACAAUACUUGCGAACGGUUAUUUGUGUUGCAGUACACGUAUCCGGCAUUUAUAAAAUUUGCGGGUUCACGCUUUGCCCAGCGUGUAGAUUUUACCUGUAGUUGUGUACAAGCGGACAGAGUGGAACAAACUCGUCAGUGCCAGAGUCUGCAGCCGAAGCAGUCUGAAGUUAAAAUAUUGCGAAAUACACACGGUUUCGCAAUAAAACCUAAUCAUAAUUGUAUAGAAGUGCCUGGAAACAUUUCAUUAACCAAAUAAUGUCCGACGAAAUUGGCGCACAGAAGCCGGAGACGGUGCUGGACAACAGUAGUGUUGAGGAGGCGGCGUUGGAUGAGAAAAAAACACCCAAACGCACACCUAAACGGCGAUCGUUUAUUGAGCGGGCACAGCGGGAAAGCGAGGAGCUGGUACGAACGAUGGGCGGCAGCCUGGAGUUAGAGGGUGGACGUCGCACGCGUUCCAGUACUCGCGGCACACCGACACGGGCCGCUGAGGCUGUUACACCGCCGCCCAGUAAGAAGGCACGUACCUCACCGACGACAGCCACCAAGAGCGGGGGUGGCGGGAAAGGUCGCGGUGCACGCAAGCUGGACGUAGGCAGCGAUGAGCUCGACCAAGAGCCGGAGAAGCCCAAUGCAGAGUUGGUUGAGUCGGUCAAACCAAAGGCUACUCCCAAGAAAGAAAAGAAGGAGGUUAAGAAGGACGAGAAGCCAGUUAAAGGUACUCCCAAGAAGGCAGUUGUAGCCUCCACCACAGAGCCCGAAAAAGAAGAGGAGCCAGCAGUUGAAAAGGAAACGGAUGCCAAGAAAGUCGAAAGUGAGGAUCAGCCAGAUGGUGGUGCUGCCAAGCUCCCAGCUGUGCCCGAAGAGAAACAGAAUCACGCUGCAGAGGAGGAAAAGCCAAGCAAAGAUGAGCCCGAGGUAAAGGAGAAAACGCCAGAGAAAGUUCCAAAGGCUGAAGACCCACCGAAAAGUAACGAUGACCCUGAAAAUGGUGCUAGCACAGAUACUCCUGCUGCGGCUGCAGUCACGGAAUCAGCUCCCGCAGCCAUGGAAGUGGAUGAAGAGAAGCCAGCAGAAGCACCAACAGCGUCAGACAAUCAAACGGAAGCCAAAAGCGCACCCGCCACUACUUCAGAGCCUACACCUGCCGAUGCUGAGAAGCCGGCAGAGGAGCCAAAAAAGCAAUCGGAACCAGCACGAGAACUCUCACCGGAGCCCAUGGAGGUUGAUUCGAGUUCCAAGAGCAGUACAGAAACUGUUCGAUUCACAUCAGCAGCCGAAAAGGUCGCACCAAGCGCAGAAGCAACAAAAUCAAGCAAUAAUGUUGUCGAUGAAGUCGCCACCGAGGUCAAAGAGGAUGUGCCAGCCGAGGCCAAGGAUGGAAAGAAGGCAGAAAGCUCAGACGAGCCCAAAAGCACGGAAGAGCCUAAGCCAGCAGAAAGUGCCGAAGAGUCCAAGGAAGCCGAAAGUACAACGGGGGAGAAAGCCACUCCAACUGUUGAGGUUCCUGCCCCGCCUGCCCCUGCCACAAACGAUGUUAGCAAGCCGGCGUCGCUGGGGGCUGCUGAUGCUGUCGUGUCAGAGACGCCCAUUAAGGAGGCACAGUCCAUCAGUGCAAUCAACAAAUCCGAGCUUAAUGUGAACGGUGAACCAAAAAUCGUUAACAAUUCCGUUGAUGGCGGUGAGCAUACAACGCCGAAGGUGUGGAACUAGGCCGUUUGGAUGAAGCACAAUCCAAUUACUAAUCAGUGCGUUACAGCAUCUACCAUCUUCAGGCCAAUGAUGCCGUCAACUACAAGCAAUCAUUUAAGAGUUAACAACAACAAAAACAAAUCAACCCCCCCACAGAAACACAGAUUCCAUUAUCUCUCCACAACUGACAACUUAAUUCGUUCUGUACCCAAAAGUGAAAUGAUAUAAAAUAGGUUCGUGUCUUCCAGUCCUUGAUUGAUUGAUGAUAAUGAGGAGCGCCAUAAGCUGCAAUCGAUGCUGGAUUUUCAAUGUUGCACUGUGUGCGCUACAGACAGACAGACGUUGCCCGUAAUCCACCGCUCUGACCGCCAUUUUCUUCCCGUUAACGUUACAGUUCCCUUUACCUGCACCCACACCCGCUCACACGAAAAUACACAGACAGAUUGUGAAAUGCAUCUGUAAUAUAAUAUGUAUGUGCAUAAUUAAUUCAAUUGGAAUCACACAAAUGAUACAUUGACACGAAAAUGUAUGUAAAAUAUAGAUGCAUGUUUUUAAAUUUUAAGAUCUAAUACCUGUAAUAAUAAUAAUUGAAGACUAAUUCUAAACAAAACCAAUUUGGACACUACUCAACAAAAAUCAACUAUAAACGAAGGAAAUGAUUUUAACCACCUUAACGCAAUACAAACAACUCUAUUUCUAUUAAGAUAUGACUCUAUGAAUAUGUUCACCUAUUUUAACUAUUUUUUGGGUCAUUUACCACCCUAUCCCUGUAACCCCUGAUUAUGUGCUUGUUUUAUUUACAGCAUUUAGUUUUUCUAUAUACAUAUGUUUAACCAUUUGUAACCUGAACAGAAUUGAUUUCUAAACCGAAUAAUGUGAACGGUGUGUGAUGUCCACUGGGAACAGUUGUGCUAUCCUCCCGAUCAGUCUUAAAUGAAUUCGUAAUUAAAUAUAUUAGAGUAAGCUUUUUAAAUGAAAACAAAACA